AUGCCGCGCAAAUCAACUCGCCACGAACAUUCUCCAUCUGAAGAUCUCGUUUCCAACUAUGACGAACAGCCGGGCGUCGUAGAACGCGUCGAGGCAACUGCAGCCGUCGCACGCGACAAAGGCAAGUUGUCGCCUUUGACACGUCGUAUAUAUAGGCUAAUUUCUUAUUUAAUCACCCUGUUAAAUCUUCUGCCCACCCCGGAUAUGAUGAUUUCAUAUCCAGUCGACGGCGUCAUCGCGCAAACGGGGAACAUUGCGAGAAAGUAUCUCCCGAGCGCGCUAUUCGACCGCAAGCCACAUGAAUACUAUCUAAUGGCAUACAACUCACUCAAUUUCAUCCUCUGGUCAUACCUCCUCGUCCUUGUCUCCGCUCACCUCCUCGAACCAACUCCGCCCGCUACAGUUCUCAACCCGACGCCUGGUCCUACAAAUACGGCCGGUACAGCUAGCCAGACGCUGGGAGCCUACCUGAAGAACCUAUUCACGCCGUUCUCACACAUCAAGACGACACCCACGGGCUUUUCGACUGUUACCUCGACCAAGGCAAAUGCCCUGCAAAAGGGGACAAAUUACCUCACCUCGCUCCUCCAUGCAUUUGUAGAGCGUAGCAGGACGACCUACAGCGCACGCGGAAUCGGCGUAUAUACCUUUAUUAUACAGUCCCUCGCUCUCCUCGAGGUGGUGCACUCCGCUUUGGGACUCGUAAAAAGUCCUGUCCAGACAACCGCCAUGCAAGUCGCGAGCCGUCUCGCCGUCGUCUGGUGGUUCGUCGAAGGCCAGCCCACUGCGCGGAUCACCCCAUUCUACACGACGAUGCUCAUCGCGUGGUCGCUCUCGGAGAUGAUUCGUACAACGUAUUACACUGCGUCGCUCUUCAAUGUUGUCCCUCCCCGUCCGACGACAAACCCCUACGUAGCAAAGGCAGUCGAUAUCCUCACCAAUAUCCGGUACUCUGCAUUCUACGUUCUCUAUCCUUUGGGAUCUGGUAGCGAGUACAUGUGCAUGCUCAAGGGCUUCCCGUCGUUCCCGAGCAAGGCUGCUGCGUUGACGAGCAAAGAGGGCUGGAAGGCCAUCAUCUCUCGCAACCCACCUGCGUGGCGCGUCCUCUUUGAGCGCGUCAAGCUUUGGAUCUACAACUGGGAUGCCGCCGCUUGGACGCGUGUGCCAUUCGUCUUCAUCUGGCCAGCUGGUUUGUACAUUCUCAUGAGCUAUAUGCAUGUUCAGCGCCGAAAGGCACUUGGACGUGGACCAGGACGUAGCAUCAACGGCGGUCGUCUUCGCGAUGUUGGUGGAAAGAAACGGGUCUGA